CGGUGAGUGUGCCAUGUGUUCUUUUCUGGUGAGCAGCUGGCUUCUCAGCAACCUGACCUAUGUCAAUUUCUUCAUGCGACCCAGAGGGCCAGACCUCACCACACACAUCAACCUUCACAACUUUACCUUCGUCCACAAUUUGCUUCACAUGACAGGCGAGCGUAUUCCACAGCCCUUCACCAGCGAUGAUCGCCAGGUGGUUCUGGUCUACAACGGUGAGAUCUACAACUUCAAAGCCCUGCGGCCCGAGUCCACCAGCGAUGGAGAGGCCUUGGUCCCGCUGUACCUCCAGAGAGGUGAUCUCUUCACACGCAUGCUCGAUGGGGAGUUCGCCAUUGCACUCCUGGACUUUCGACGGCGAAAAGCCAUCAUCUCUUCUGACAUCUUCUCCACCAAACCCUUGUGGUUCUCAACCUACCAAGGCUUCCAUGUAGCCAGCUACCAGAGUGCUUUGCUUCGCAUGGGCAUACCACCAGGAGCUGUGCGCAUGGUGGAUCCCAAUAGCAUUAUGAUUUUUGACCUUCGACAGAUGGAUUUGAAGAUCCAACGACAUGCCUUGCACGAGUUUGACCUUCGACAGUUCAAGCAGGAUACCAGUGACUUCCAAGCUGCCUUUGCAAAUGCAGUGCAGAAGCGCAUUCAGUAUGCUAUCCAUCCGAUGUUCAUCGGGCUUUCUUCAGGUUAUGACAGUGGAGCUAUCCAUGUGGCACUAGUGCACGAGAGGACUGGACAUUUUGCCUACACUGUGCACUCUACAGAAGACAUGGAGAUCUUGAAACAGCGAAUUGCUUGGGCUGGCAACUGGACAGAGACAAAUGUGAUUGUCCUAAGUGGCAUGGAUCUUGAGCGUGAAGCUGCUCGGCUCAUAGAAAGAUCUGCUAGGUUUCACAUCAAGUUCCCUACGAUUUAG